GAGAGCGGGGCGGACGUUGCAGAACGACACGCUCUCCGCGCGCCCGUUUACAGUCAUUACAGUGCUCUUAUCUGCACCGCUCGCACGCGCACAGGUUUUCGGAACGCGGCUCGAGCUGCUACUUCUCAAACCGGUUUGGUUUGUUUUGGUAACCUAAUCUGAUAAUUAUGGGUUUGGGCUUGGCCGCGCGCGGGUUUAAAGCUGCGCUGACCGCCGCGAGCUGGAGAUACACCGGACUGAGGGCUUACUGCGCGCGCAUGGAGACCAAGGGGCUGCUGUUCCGACAGCUGUUCGAGGCUGAGAGCAGUACGUACUCCUACCUGCUGGCGGAUGUGGAGAGCAGGGAGGCCGUGCUGAUCGACCCAGUGCUGGAGACGGUGGAGCGAGACCUGAAGCUCAUCGACGAGCUCGGCCUCAAACUCAAAGUAGCCGUGAACACACACUGCCAUGCGGACCACAUCACGGGCAGCGGGCUGCUGAAGCAGAGAGUGUUCGGGCUAAAGAGCGCCAUCUCUGUUCACAGCGGAGCUGCUGCGGACAUCAUGCUGACCGAGGGAGACAAAAUCAGCUUUGGCAGACACAGCCUGACUGUGAGAGAGACGCCAGGUCACACUGACGGCUGCGUGACGUUUGUGACCGGAGAUCAGUCAAUGGCCUUCACCGGAGACGCGCUGCUCAUCCGUGGCUGUGGCAGAACCGACUUCCAGCAAGGCUGCUCAAAGAAACUGUAUGAGUCUAUUCAUCAGAAGAUCUUCACUCUGCCGGGAGGCUGUCUCGUCUACCCAGCACAUGACUACAAAGGACAGACUGUGUCGACAGUGGACGAGGAAAAGAAAUUCAAUCCUCGGCUGACUAAAUCACUGGAGGAGUUUGUCAAGAUUAUGGACAAUCUAAAUCUCCCCAAACCUGCGAAAAUAGACAUCGCCGUGCCUGCCAACCUGGUGUGUGGCCUUCAUGAGGUUUGAUCUCCAGAUGGUUGUGAAGGAUCUGAUGAUGAGACACUUUCGGGACCUCUUUAAUGCCUUUAACUGAAUAAGAUGAGAUUGUGUUUUUAUGUAUCGUAUUAAUAAUCGUAUUGGGACCUCCUGCUUCUGUGCUGCUGAUUUUAAGACGUACAGUAAGAACUGUAUCUGACAGGAUCAUACAGAGUAAUAGUGGUGUAUAAAUGGAGACAGUGCAUGCUGAUAUUAAAUAAAGGUGUUUAAACCACA